UCCGGAAGUUCCUCCAGGAAUUCCUCCGGAAGUUCCUCCAGGAAUUCCUCCGGAAGUUCCUCCAGGAAUUCCUCCGGAAGUUCCUCCAGGAAUUCCUCCGGAAGUUCCUCCAGGAAUUCCUCCGGAAGUUCCUCCAGGAAUUCCUCCGGAAGUUCCUCCAGGAAUUCCUCCGGAAGUUCCUCCAGGAAUUCCUCCGGAAGUUCCUCCAGGAAUUCCUCCGGUAGUUCCUCCGGGAAUUCCUCCGGAAGUUCCUCCGGGAAUUCCUCCGGAAGGAAUUCCUCCGGAAGUUCCUCCGGGAAUUCCUCCGGAAGUUCCUCCGGGAAUUCCUCCGGAAGUUCCUCCGGGAAUUCCUCCGGAAGUUCCUCCGGGAAUUCCUCUGGAAGUUCCUCCGGAAAUUCCUCUGGAAGUUCCUCCGGAAAUUCCUCUGGAAGUUCCUCCGGAAAUUCCUCUGGAAGUUCCUCCGGAAAUUCCUCUGGAAGUUCCUCCGGAAAUUCCUCCGGAAGUUCCUCCGGAAAUUCCUCUGGAAGUUCCUCCGGAAAUUCCUCUGGAAGUUCCUCCGGAAAUUCCUCUGGAAGUUCCUCC